AUGGACGGGGACAUGGACGGGGGCGGGGGGCCGGAGCCGGCCGGAGGACGUGGGCACCGGGGCCCGCGGGGCGGACCGGACGCCGCCGCCGGGGAGUCGACUCUUUUCGCCGAGCUCGGAGACCUGAUGGAUAUGGAGGAGCUGCGGCUGGAGGUGGAGAAUGAAACCUAUGAGAACGACUUCUACAACCUUGACUUGGAUCUGGAUUUGCUGCCGUGGGACGCGGCCCCCUGGGAGGACCCCCUCCAGCUUUAUUCAGGCUUUACAGACGAAGACAUCAAGACAGAGCCUCAGCCUUCCUCUCCGGCCUCCUCCAGUUGCUCCAUCUCCUCCCCUCGGUCGGCGGACUCCUCCUCAUCCACCCAGCAUGUUCCCGAAGAGUUGGAUUUGUGCUCCAAGUUCCAGCUGUCCCCUCUCUCCUUGUACAGCGAGGGUUUGGGCAGUCCCUCCUCCUCCUCCUCCUCUUCCUCAGAAUCUCUGGCAGACCACAAACCCAUCAGCAGAGCCGGACACAGGACUGGGAGCGGCCCCCGGGUGAGCCCGAAGAAGCCGUCUCAGCCCGUUUCCAAGCCCCCACUGCAGCCCAAGCCCUUCCUGCUGCCAGCAGCCCCCAAGGCCCAGGCCAGCCCCAGCCUCCCGGCCAAAGCCAUCAUCAUCCAGGCCUUGCCGGCCAUUCUGCCGCUGGCCAAACAGCCGCCAGUUAUCAGCAUCCAGCCGGCACCAGCCAAAGGUCAGCCCGUCCUGUUCUCCCAGCCGGCCGUGGUGCAGCUGCAGGCGCCCCCGGUCCUGCCCUCCCCACAGCCCGUCCUCACCGUCACUGGGGAAGCAGCCCAGAUAGCCAGCCUCACGGUGAACGUGCUGCCCACUCCCGUGGCGGGCCUUCCGGGACCUGGCAAACCGUCCCCGGCCAAGCCCGUCCUGCCGGCCGCCCUGAGGAGCGACUCCCACGAUGUGACCGUCCUGCGGAGGCAGCAGCGCAUGAUCAAGAACCGGGAGUCGGCGUGCCAGUCGCGCAAGAAGAAGAAGGACUACAUGCUGGGGCUAGAAGCCCGGCUCAAGGCCGCCCUGUCGGAGAACGACAAGCUCAAGAGGGAGAACGGCUUCCUCAGGCACCAGCUGGACCAGGUGGUCUCGGAGAACCAGAAGCUCAAGGGUCCCCCUGCUCCAAAGCGCAGAGCCGUGUGCGUCUUGGUGGUGCUGGCCUUCGUGGUGCUCAACUUCGGCCCCCUCGGCGUGUUUGAAAGGGACCCCAGCCCGGCCCCUCCCCGGGCUGCCCCUGCCCCUCAGAAGAGGCACCUCCUGGGGUUUUCGGCCAUCGGUGACCACAGCACGGGACCCGAGAUGGCAACCGACACCCUGCCUGAGGGUAGUUACAGGUUUGGCCACGCGGUCUCGAAUGACAAGGCCUUGAUGGUGGUGACGGAAGAGCCGUUGCUCUAUGUGCAGCCCCCGCCCCCGUGCCAGCCAUUCAUCAACCGGACAGAGUCCCUGCGGUUAAACCACGAGCUCCGCGGGUGGGUGCACAGGCACGAGCUGGAGAGGACCAAGUCCCGAAGACUGACCAACAGCCGGCAGCAGCAGCAGCAACAGGAGCAACAGACCCGGCUCCUCCAGAGCUCCACAGCCCCGGCCCCCACCUCCCAGCUGAUGGCUGUGAAAUACACCGAGACCACUAGCUCCAGGAAUGCCAGCAGCGAGCUACAGGUCUACUACGCCUCGCCUCGAAGCUACCAAGACUUCUUCGAAGCCAUCCGCAGGCGGGGUGAUACCUUCUACGUUGUGUCUUUCCGGAGGGAUCACCUGCUGCUCCCAGCCACCACCCACAACAAGACCACGAGGCCGAAGAUGUCGAUCGUGCUCCCGGCCAUCAACAUAAAUGAGCACGUGGUGCCCAGUCAGGACUACGAAGUGAUGAUGCAGAUCGACUGCGAGGUGACAGACACCCGGAUCCUGCGCAUCAAGAGCUCCACCGUCCCCCCGUUCCUCCGGGACCCCCAGCGGAACCUCACCCAACCCCUGGAUGGCUCCCCGCCGGCUCCCCACCAGACAGCCCACGUGGUCGCGGCCAUCGUGGAGUCAGUGCAAUAGGCCCCGGCCUGCCGCCUGCCCGCCCAUCCGCCCGCCCCGGGGACUGGUGGUCCGCGGGACUGUGGCACGCCCAGGCCCGGCCUCUGCCACGGAUGGGGAGGAGGAGUGGCAGCAGUAACGGUAACAGCCCACGCCGGCCUCACGAGCUGCCCUGGUGAAUGCCACGGCCCGGCAGGCCCCGAGCUGUCCCGGCCCCCGGCCCUCCCCCACUGCGCACUGAUCUCGGCCUCAGGAGAAGCACUUAGUCCCAGGAAAUCCGUCCCUUUCCUGAGCCCCGGUAGUACCAACACCCCUCUCCCUCUGCCUUCGUAGCCCUGAUUACAUCAUCCCUUUCCACCUCUCCAUAGCCCCCAGAGUCAAAUCACUGCCAGCACUCUGGCCCCAGUGCCACCGUGGGUAACAGUCGUGCUUUCAGUGGCCGGCGGCCCCUGGUCCCGGCGGGGAGUUGGAAGCCCAGAGAGAACUGGACUUGUUCAGUUUGGCACUUUCUACCCCACUCUGAUGCUCUGCCCGUUGUCUAGCAGAGAUCGAAAUAAAAGGAGCUAAACCAUU